CCUGGCCAGCCAUCUUAUGCCAGAGGAAAGGCUGCAUCAAUGAAGGGAACUGCCAAGCUGUAAAGAUGUGCAUAAAUCCAGCCCUAGCAAUCCACUCUGGAGACACACCACCACCGCUGUACAUCUGCAGUGACUGCGUCCAAGCCCUGAAAAAAGACCAUGGAGACUACAUGGUGGACCUGCUAAUGCCAAUGCCUCAUGUCUCGUCUGUCUGUGAGAAUAAGAAUUGCCAGUCAUCAUACAACAUUGCUGUGUGCACCUGCUUCAGUAUUGAAUGUGCAAGCUAUAACAGCAAUCGACCAAUCAGAUACUGCAGAACUUGCCAUGAUCGUCGCCAUGGUAACAGCGGCUCACCUAAUCACAUUUUUCACACCAGUAUUAUCGACAUUUGGAGUUGCACACCGGAAGUUCAGAGAUACCUGAUGGAUGCAGUAGUUAGUUUACUGAAGGAGGCUUCACCCAUUGCCACAAAGAGAAUGGUAGAGAUGGGAGAGGAUCUGCGUCGUCUAGGAGAAGAUGAGGUUGGAUUUGAACUGGAGGAUGCUGGGGAAAGAAGGCUGCUGAGCAGAUAUGGAAUCUGGCUCUUGGUUGAAUUGUGCAAGCCAGCAGAAGAUAUUCCCUAUGAAGUACUAGGACGUCUGCUUGGAAUGCUGUUCCAGUGGUUUGAUGCUACAGCCUACUUGCCAGAUGAUAAUGUUGGAAAUGCUCUGGAGAGACUGAAGCCAGAGUAUAUCCAUACCUGGCUGCUGGAAGUGAUGAAGACACACUUUGAAGUCAUUGUCUCCUGUCUCUUACCUCACCCAGUGGAGUAUUCCAGAGUUGGAGGAUUUUGGGAUACACUCUGCACCAGAACGACUCAAAUUAAAGAAGGGCUGAACUGUUUCUUCUGUUUGGUCCCGUAUGAUGUCAUCACUUUUGAGAUUUGGGACUAUGUGAUGCCAUACUGGUUGGAGGCAAUUCGAACAGAGGUCCCAGAAGAUGAACUCCAUGAGCUGAAGGUCUUGUUGAGUAAAGCCUUUGAUAUUGACAUGUGCCCCCUGCCAUUUACACUGAACAAGAUGUACAACUUUGUCAGCGACAGGUUUGAUGAUACCAGUGCAUUGGUCAUGGAACAGGCUCUGCAGUGGCUGCAGAUACUCAGCAGCCUAGACAUUGUGAUACCCAUGCACCACAUUCUGAAAAUGUUCAAGUGUGGGGUGGACAGAAUCAGCUGUGAUAGCGAAAAUGACCUUCUGCAGCAAGAAGAAGGAGGUCAAGGCCACUCCAUCUUGUCUCCAGGGUCACCAGUGCGGGAGCAGGCGGCUCCUCUGAGCCCUGAGAGAUUUCCAGUGGUUGGUGACACCUAUGAUGUGUAUGAUAAGGAGUCAGAGCUGGUUCUGCCAUGUUUUAUUAUGAUGCUGGAUCUGUGUUUGAAGCAGAUGGAUUUGCAAGAGUCACCAAAACAUCUUGGAAUCUAUAAUGAAACAAGUCGAGAAGUCAUGUCCCUGCUGACAGGAAUGUUGCAGAAAACCUGGGAUGGACAGCACACCUGUGACACAGACACCAAGCGGGUCAACUGUGUGUUCUGCCAGAAUAUUUCCUUGUGGCAUCAGCUAGCUGCCCAGCUGAUGGAGCAUGUGUGUCCAAGAGACCCUUUAAAGAUACCCAGUAAGGACCUCCCAAAGCUGGAUGAAGUCAAGCAUCAAACCAUCACAGAAGCACCCAAUGAGUGUCUGGAGCAAGAUGAAGAAGACUUUGACCCUGUGUUUGAUGUGGCCUCAAUGCCAGUUUAUUUACAAUUGUUUAAUGCACUUCUAGAGAGCUUGGUCCAUGUCUCCGAUGUAGAUGCUCUAUACGGUGUGCUGUCCUCAUUGAGAUACCUGAUUCUUCAUGGGGAAUGCCUUAACUACUCAAUAAACCAGUACACAGACUUCAUAACUCUUGGCUUCCGCAGGCGUUUCAUUCCAACUUUGUGGAAGUUACUUCAGACUGAACACUCCCAGCUGUCCACACUGUGUAUUCCACUUCUGUUGCACUGCAUGACUUUACCCACUGGUUCACAUGUCCUUUGGUUCUUGGUAGAGCAGGAUUUUGGCCAUGAUGAUUGGAGAGCCAGAUACGCUGCUGUGGAGAAGGUAACUGUUCUGGCUCGAUGCCUGGAGCCUGAAGCAAUCAAAAACAAUCAUGUAAUCCAAACCUCUUUGACUCAUGCUUUUUGUCAUCUGAUUGGCUCAAUUGAGGACAUCAAUGCUGCUGUUGCUCAGAGAGCCAUUAUGUUUCUGGAAACUAUUCGCCCGGCAGCUCUGAAGUUGCUUGUCAACUGUCUGGAGUUUCAGUUUGACUCUGUCAUUGAGGACAGGUCGCUCAUCCUGCAUCGGGUUCAGCUUUUAGACACAAUUUUGAAAGAUGUUCAGAUUCUCAGCUGGGACUUUUUCCUUAGUCGGUUUGACACACUGUCACUGGAAGCUCAGGUGGACUUAGAAAGUACAGGUGACAUACCGUACCCUUCAGAUUUAGUCAGCAGUGACCGGCACAGUGAGCACUUUCAAAGGAAACUCAAUCGGGCAAGAUUUGCUUUGGCCCGCACUGAUAGCGUGCGCUCUGUCAGCCAGAGUAUCAAAGGGAAGCCACCAUACCGGAGAGCCAUCUCUGUUCCACUGCACCUCAUCACCAAGGGACUGAACCCUCCCAAAUUGGAAAAAGAGAAAUCGUGCGUGAGACAGUGGUCAGCCCCACAAUUCAACAUCCCACGCAGGGUACCAUCAAAGCUGAACCUGGGCAGUUUAGGUUCUUCAGCGUUCCCAGGAGGUCAACUGAGAGAGUUCACAGAUGAAGAGAGCAACUUUGCUGCUUUGCUACAAAGAGCCAUGGACCUUGAAGGGGUGGAUAGAGACACAGUCUAUCAACUGGUAUCUCUCCUAAUGGUGUUUAUGGUGAACUGUGCUGGAGAUGAAGAAGGAGAAGAGAGAGUUGACAACAAAUGCCAAAAUAUUGUUCUCAGACAUCUCAAUGUUCUUUUGGGCUACAAUCAGACAGAAAAGUCUUUCAGUGUUCCGCCAUUUAAACUUCGAUCAUCUGCAGUUUUCAAUGCUUUUCUUAGUGGAGUAAUGUAUGUGCUUGAUCGCAACUACAAGCUUGGUUACGUCAUUCUGCCAAUCACUCUGCUUGUCUUACAAUACUGCCCCUCCCCCCAGAGGUAUGCAUCGGAUUACCAGCCUCCUACAUAUACUUUAUGGUACUUGGAGCCACAUACACGUAUCUCCUGGCUGAAAUCUUUGCUAGUCAUUCUUUACAAGUAUCAGAUCAGCACCUCUCCACGUUCAGCAAUUAUACAGACUCUGAUCCAGCUGGUCAUCAAUACUGUUGAUGCUCAACACCAUCGAUGCAAGAAAACUGAGGAUGGCUUCCCGCCUCCUACUCCUACUGUUCACAGAAAUUUCAGUAAAAUAUCAGUGAGUGAUUUGGAGAACAUCCAGGAGACAGACACCCCUCCACAGUCACCUUCCAGUCAGAAACAGGAAGGCGACAUAAGCAGCAUUGAGGUUAAGACCCACCCCUCAGGAAGUGUGGUACACUAUUUCAAGCAAGGACAUAUGGAUGGAGCAGAAAGUAGUGACAUUGAAGGGACACCUCCAGCUUCUUCAAGCCUCAGGAAGGAAGGUUCCAGAAAGAUGAAGCCUAGACAACCUAGGAGACUCAUUGAGUACUCAGAACCAGAGUCUGCAGAUGAUGAUGCUAAGGAUUUGUACAGAGGAUCUAAAGGUCAAGGAAAAAAGAGCUUCAAAGGUGAAGCCUUGUUAAAUGAUGCUCGUCAUUCAUUUGAUAAGUUUAUUAUCCAGUACACAAAUAAAAGAACAUAUCAAUUUCUCACCAGUGCUCGUGACCAUGGUACAACUUCAGACCACAGCAGGGAUGGGAUAUCUGAUGGAGACAGCUCUGAUGAUAGUGACAAGACACAAACUAGUGAAAAUGAAUCAGCUGGAGAAACAACAGCCACAGAAAAUAAGAAUUUAACAG